CAAAUAACACGCUCCAUUAAUGUGAUACUAUAGGAUAAGUCAAGUGUUUUUUCUACGAUAAUACCUCAGUUCUACUCGUGAUUACCGAGGUAAAGGUGAUUAUCAACAAAACUGAUGUGUGUUUUAUCGGCAAAUCUCUAAUCUGUGAGUACUGGCGGAGAUAGUAAAAUGUGGACUAGACUGCGGACAUUCCGCUGGUUUCAGUGACAUCUGACAUUUUGCUGGUGCCGCAGUUUUUUUCUUCGACUAGGGGGACAUGGAGGUCGAAACGUCGGCUGCGCCUGAUGGGGGUUGGGGUUGGAUGGUGGUGUUCGGAGCGGCUUUGAUAAACAUGGUGAAUCAAGCGAUGUUCGCAAAUUUCGGUCUGAUUUUCGGUGAACAGCUCAAAGUGAUGGCCAAUGGACAUGCUACUGGAAUAACCGUAGUUUUAGCCAUAAACGUCGUAGUUACGAACUUUGCUGGACUUUUAGUAGGUCCAUGUUUGAAGAAGAUCAGCCUGAGGAGUCUCACCUUCAUCAGCAUAGCGUUGGUCGGCAGCGGAAUGAUUUUAUCCAGCUUUGCGACUGAAAUUUGGCAUGUUGUUGUUGGGUACAGUUUUUUCACAGGUCUCGGACUUGGUCUUCUGGCCUCUGGAACGUUUCUGGUCAUAAACGACUACUUCACCACGAAGAAGAGCACAGCUGUGGGUAUUUCCAUGGCUGGUACUGCCAUGGGUCAGAUGUUGAUGCCGACGUUCAUAGGAAUGCUGCUGAAGAAGUACGAGUACUCCGGCACCACCUUCAUCCUGGGGUUCGUGAGCUUCACAGGAGUUAUCGGCGCCAUGUUUUUCAAGCCUAUUUUCUGUUGCAAAAAAUGUGCAGUAGUACAACCCGACCAAGAAAAAGGAAAAGACGGAGAAAUGACAAGUGAAAAAAAGGAAUCGAUAUUAGAAAAGGAGGGAGAAAAGUUGCUUGCACAAAAUGGUGGACGUCUAAAGAAGCAGGGAAUUUUGAAACGUACUAUAGAGAAAAACUAUUCUGAUUCUGCUCUCGAAGUGGGUUCCAGUCAAUACACACUGGAGGAGGACAAGCCGACCAAGCUCGACAAGAUCUCCAAGUCCUUGGGCCUGGACCUCCUCAAAGACGGCACCUUCGUCCACAUAGUCACUGGCUUGGGUCUGGUGUACGUCUCCUCCUACACCUUCAAUGCCUUCCUGCCCAUGUUUCUGCAGGACGAGGCGGAAUUCUCCAUGUUAGAGACCACCACUUGCAUGACGGCCCUCUCCACUGCUGACGUCAUAGGAAGGGUGACGGUGCCAGAGAUAUCCAGGCGGCUGCGGCUCAGCAACAAGAGGUCGUUCAUGAUCGGGUGUAUCCUGUUGGCCAUCACCAGAUCAUGUCUGGUUGAAUUGGGGGUAUUUCAGUACACCGCGGCCUUCUCUAUCGUGGUCGGAUAUUUCCGAGCAGCUGCUGUCAUCAAUCAGAACCUGGUGAUUUCUGAGUACAUCAGCAAAGAGAAGCUGCCUUCUGCUGUCGGACUCAAUAUGGUGGUGAAAGCAUUGCUCAGCUUGACCCUGGGACAAUCUCUAGGUUUGCUGAAAGACCAAUUGAGCUAUUCAAUCUCCAUACACGUACUGAAUGUGAUCGUAUUGGGUGUGGUAUUGUCUUGGUUCUUCGAGACUAUGGUAAGAAGAAUAAGGUCAUCGAGGAAGCCGAAGCCAAUAUGCACCAUAGCCGAAGAGACAAAUCCGAAGACAUGAAGCAGGUUCUUAGAAUAAGCUCUCAUUUGAUUGUAAUAAUUGUGAUACUCAAGUACUUGUAUAUAUUUUGAUUAUAUCUAUUUUUGUGUGUGUAAACAUAUACAUAUAUAUAUAUUUCAGUGAAUGAUUCCACUUUGGAUAAACUUUUUUUUCAGAAUCUA